GUGCUAUGGUGGGCCUCGCAACAAGCGAUGACUACGAUCCAUUGAUUAGAGUCUUGAAAAAUCUUUCCCCUGAAGAACAAGCUGAGCUAGUAAGAAGAGUGCAGAGUGAGGUGAAGUGUGCUUCCAUUGACGCGCUGGAAAGAUUCAUAUUUGCAAAGGGGCGCAGUGCUUUGAUCCAUAUUGUGAAAUCCAUUGUAUCAGACUUUAAUUGA